UACAUAUGUUUCUAGUCUACAACGGCAAGAAGAUACUCAUCACUUCGCAAAUCUACCUCCACCUCAACUUAUUAUCUACCAUCCUGACUAUCGAAACCAUGCCGAACAAGCGGAAGAAGAUUGGCUUCAAAGCCAACCCUCAUCUAAAGCGACGACGCAUAGAUAUGCAGAAUACACCCCUGGAUUCUCCUAUUCAGCGCAUGUCUCUAUCAGAAGCUGCUGCGGCAAACAAGAACAAUCGAUUUCUUUCGCUUCCAGGAGAACUCCUUAAUCGAAUCUACGACCUUGUCUUAAGUGACUUCCAAGACGUAUACGGUGGAUACAAACAACGCGACAUUUCGCCGUUGGCAGGUGGCCAACAUCCUCUGCCAGGCCUGAAAUGCAGUCUUGCUCUUAUCGCCCCCGAGACACGUCUAUCUACCGAGAAGGCCGAAUACACCUACAUGAAGAAGGACUGGGUGGCUUUGAGUCACGUGAGUCGUCAGAUGCGUAGUCAGUUCCGCACACGGCAGAAUACAACAGCUCAUGUCUACAUCUCUGCAGAGUUGCUUGGUGGCUUUUUGCGCAAAUUCUUCGGGUCCAACGAUGUCGUGCUUCCGCCCGAGCAUCCAGCCAAGUUGACGGUCAUCUUUGCGGAGAAAUCGAAAAUUGAUGUUCUACCGCUCAUGCGGCUACUUCACCGCGCUCCAACUCUGCAGUAUGACAUCUUGACGCUUGGUGACGCAGGUGCUCACGAUCAAGGCCUUUAUCAAAUGAUGUUUGGGGCCCAGGAUUCCCUACGCACGCACCUCACAACCACACUAUUUGGACAGAUCAAUCGCGUUUCCUUCUCACCUAAGGGUUUCCUUGAGAUUCGCAUUAAAAGCGAGUUUGGCAGAGAUUGGAUGAAAGUUGACCACAAUCAACCGUGGACUGGAGACCUCUGGCACAAGACCCAUGGCAAAAGCCUAACGAAGGAGGGCAUUUGGAUCAAGGAUCGACAGAACGGGACGCGCAAAUGGCUUGAGGAUGCAGGUAUGGAUAUUGAAUUCAUUUCGUACUGGAGCGUGACUGUAAAAGUCCAGGACUAGGAG